CUUUUUGAUCUUGACUUUCUUUAAUUCUGAUCCCCAAUAACAUUCUGCAUAAACUCAAGACAGUACAACAAAUAGAAAGGAUGUUAAAAUAAAUACUUGACAAUUGACAUUAUCAGAUAUUUAAGCAAAAUGCAAAUGGCCCACAAUCUUAAUAGUCCUAAAAAAAAAGCUUUUUGGGAAGGUUGUGGUGAAAUAUGAUCUGAACAUCUUUUUUAAAAGCUUUAUCAAUUUCACCCAAACAGUCUGUAUGAUUUAGGCUGUAACUUAGUAUGAUUUGCUGUAUUGAUGAAGAAGACUGUGGCUGUCUACUCACUAUUUUCUCUCCUUUUUUCCCUCUGCCAGUUUCAGAUGAUAAAACGGGAAGCCUUCGAUUCAAAGAAACAAUAAUUUAAACAAUUUGGCACAUUAUUGUUUCUUUGUUGUUGUGCCCCUUUAAAACUGAAAGACAACAAUUUCCUGUUGACACAGUGAUGUCUUCGUCUCUGCCACUGCCCUCCCUGCCCCCGAGCCCCCUGGCCAUGGAGUAUCUCAACGACUUUGACCUCCUCAAGUUUGAAGUGAAGCCUGACACACCUCCACCUCCUCCAACCUGCCUAUACCCCAAACCAGGCAUCCAUCAGGAGACAAUAGGUUCUCCUUAUGCUCCUUGCCCUCCUCCUGACUCCAGCCUCAGCUCCAGUCCCUACACCUCACUUCCUCCAUCACCCACGCUCAGUGACGGACACCCACCGCCAUCUGCAUCGUCCUCUUCCUCCUCUCUCUCUUUCCCGCUGUCCAUCUCCACUGGAUACAUAUCAGGCCAGAGCUCCGGCUCUCAAGGGAAUCUGGACGGGAGCCCAACCACUGGAGGCCCCGCACCAUGUUCAAACCCCACCUCCUUGGAGGAUCUGCUCUGGUUGGCUGCACUGCAGCAGCAGUUCGGUGGGGAGCCCGGAGGUGCCGCGUCUCUGUUGGGAGCUCUUGGAGGAGUGCCGGAGCGAGGGGACCGGGAUCGAGGAGGGUUUCUGGGAUGUGAGGAUGCAGUGGAGGCCCUGCUAAACUCCGCUGCUGCUGCCGUGAAUUCACAGUUCCCAGUUUUGUCUCAGAGUUCGAGCAGCAGUCAUAUGGGGGACUCCAGCAGUGACAGCGGUGCUGAUGUCGUUCUUAACAAGCCGUCAGACAUGUGUCACCGCCCUAUACUGGUCGUUUCAUCCACCCCUCCAUCUCUUUCAAAUGUCAACACAUCGACCAGUCCCUUCUCACAACCCCUCAGUCCACAGAGUCGCCUCCAUCACCCACACCAUCCAAUGCAAGGCCAUUAUCAUCAUCAUCACCAUCAUCAUCAUCUGCAAGUCACUCAGUGUGGGGUGGAUGAGCGUUUUUCUGAUGAACAGUUGGUAAGUCUGUCUGUGCGAGAGCUGAACAGACAUUUGCGUGGAGUGAGCAAAGAUGAGGUGGUCCGUUUGAAACAGAAAAGACGGACGCUGAAGAAUCGUGGUUACGCCCAGUCCUGCCGUUACAAACGACUCCAGCACCGGCACGCGCUUGAGUCCGAGAAACAUAUUCUCACACAGCAGCUGGAGCAGCUGCAGUGUGAGCUGUCUCGCGUGUUGAGAGAGCGAGACUCGUAUAAAGCGCGUUACGAGAAGCUCAUCAGUUCGAACGAGACUCAGCCUUCCCAUCCCAACACCUCGCCUUCUCCUACCCCUCCGGAUUACUUUUUGUGACAAAAUGAACAUUGAACAGAAGAGAAUGAAAGGAGAGCUGAUGAAAGCGAUGGGUGAAAGUAAUUCAACAGAACUGUAACUACAACUCGACUUAAAAUAAGCUAUUUAACCAAAGCAGGUUGAUUGUGAGGUCGACCUGAGCCCUGGAUUAGAAUGCUGCUGCUGAUGGGAUUGCAUUUUUGCCCAUUGUGAGCUUGUAUAACACCAACAUGAUUUCAUUAGCAUUCAUAGGUAUUCGUAUUUAAAGGGGUUUUUAGCACACGUGUAUGUGUGGAUGGACACUGGACAUGUGCAGAAUCGAAAUUGACAGUAUUUAAAACAUAAAGCAUUUUACAUAUGUAUAAUAAAUCCUAUGAGGAUCAUAGAAUAUUGAAUUAAUGGAAUGCAGGUGGAUUUAUAUAUUUAUGAUAUUAUUAAAUAUGAUAGAUGCCAUCAUACUGUGUUUAUUUACCAGUGU